AUGAAGGACAAAAAUUUGGGCAACCACCAAACCUUUUCAGAACCACAAGAUAACAGUGUCAAGAUCAAACAAUGGGUACGUGAUGCAGGCGGCGAUGCUGAAGAUGCCCAUGGCGAAGCACUUCCUGGUGACGCUGUUACUGUAGACGGUGCCCACGGCUUUGAGGCAUCCGCGCCCACAGCCAGCAGGAAUAAGGCGAACAAGGCGUUGAGGGUGUGCGUGGCCUGCGCCUUCGGCCUCCUCCGCGUGAGCUCCCACGUCUGCGGCCACACCAAGGACUCGCAUUUCCUCGGCGUGGGAGUCCUCGUGGCCGCCAUGAUGGUCACGCCGCUGCUCCUCAUCUCGUACAUGAUGGGCAAGAUGCAGAUCCAGAACACGUACCUGGAAAUCGCCCUCAACGCCUUGUUCGCCUUAUUCCUGCUGGCUGUGGGCGCGGAUGUCCUCAAAGCCGUGGGCACCGUCUACAGUAACAGCGUCACCAGGAAGUGCUUCGCCAUGGGCAUCUUCAGCAUCGCCGCCUGCAUCACGUACCUGCUGGAUACAGUGUUCUGUGUGAUGGUGUACAGGGGAAACAACUGAGAGUGAAGGCGGUUGGCAUCUUUUGAUUUUGAUGUAUCUACUUAGGUAGUUG